CUGGAUUCUGCUCUGUGAAGUCUAGUCGUUGGCUCUUUGAAAAUGUAUAAAUAGACUCCUUCUCCCAUUCUUUACCCUUUUUUAAGGAUAAAGCAGGGAUUACAAACUAUCAGGCACUAUUUCUGUUCUAAGUGACACUUGUCGGUGAUAUAAAUAAUAGUGUUUUUGCUUGUAUGUGUAAUAAGUAUGGUGUCGGGCUUUUGCUUAUACCUUCUGUGUCAGUAGAACACUUCACAUUUCACAGAAGUCGAGAGUGGUGAGCAGGAGUUUGCUUGACAUGUGAGCAGAGCUAAGCAGUGUAAAUAGAUAUGCGCAGACAGAGAUGAGAGGUUUUUUUCUUUCUUUCCGCUGAGAGGUGUAAGUAAAUCCGUGGGUCUGGAACCUAGGAGUUGGUGAAGAAAGGGUGGGGAAGGUGCCUGGAGAAAUUGUGGGAAGUGGUAAUUUGCAGGGUUUGGUCUACAGUAUGUAGGAGUUUAUUGACGUGCAUGGAAACCAAUGGAAAUUACAAAUACAGUUGGCUUUAUUGGCUCGGGGCUUACAACAGUAGUCAUACAUUCUGUAAAAAUGUAAAUAGCACAGAAAUACAGAAGAUGGAAAUGCUGAAUCCUUACAGCCAUCACCCUGCCGCUCCACAUAACCGCUGUGAAUGCUUUGAUAAUCAAGUAAAACAAAGAUGAGCUUCAUCUAUGGACUGCAGCCUGCUGCUAGAAACUGUUUUUUCUUCCGAUUUAAUUUACUGACCAACUGGAGAAAAUGUAACACGCAAGCUGUAACCUCACGAGACUUUCAUCAGGUGAAAAUUAACCAUAUAGUAAAUAAAUCUCCGGGCCUGGGAGUAAAUCACGGUGAUAGAUGGACUCUUCUGCCUGAAAACUUUCUCUUCUAUAGGACUUUUAAUACCAAAAGAAAAGGCUGCCUUUUGAGCACCAGAAGUAAGGAAAUUUCGAUGAUUAGCCGAAAAUGUACCGCAUGGACCGACUCUCUUUCAAGACAGCUGCUGAUGAAGGACGUUCCCAUAGUUCCUGCUCAUUCAGUGUUGCAUCCCUUGAACUGUUUACCCACGAGAGACAUCAGGAGUUUCCAGACUUCUCCACGGUGCCAAGCUGCUCCUGUUCCUCUGUUGUUGAUGAUUCUUAAGCCAGUGCAGAAACUGCUUGCAAUCAUUGUGGGCAGGGGCAUAAGAAAAUGGUGGCAGGCACUUCCUCCUAACAAGAAGGAACUAUUUAAAGAAAGUUUAAGGAAGAAUAAAUGGAAGCUCUUCCUUGGCUUGAGUAGUUUCGGAUUGCUUUUUGUAGUGUUUUAUUUUACACAUCUGGAAGUGAGUCCGGUCACAGGAAGGAGCAAGCUACUGUUAUUGAGGAAAGAACAUUUCAGACUUUUAUCAGAACUGGAAUAUGAAGCAUGGAUGGAAGAAUUUAAAAAUGAUAUGCUAACUGAGAAAGACGCCCGAUACGUGGCUGUUCAAGCAGUGGUUCAUCAUUUAAUUGAAUGCAAUCAAGAUAUUCCAGGGAUCUCUGAGAUCAAUUGGGUUAUUCAUGUGGUUGAUUCCCCGGAUAUAAAUGCCUUUGUACUUCCAAAUGGUCAAGUGUUCGUCUUCACUGGACUUUUAAAUAGUGUGACUGAUAUCCAUCAGCUCUCCUUCCUUCUGGGCCAUGAAAUAGCACAUGCAGUACUUGAGCAUGCUGCAGAAAAGGCUAGCUUGGUUCAUUUAUUGGAUUUCCUAGGUCUGAUUUUUCUUACGAUGAUUUGGGCCAUUUGUCCUCGAGAUAGUUUGGCACUUUUGGGCCAGUGGAUACAGUCUAAACUGCAGGAGUUUUUGUUUGAUCGACCAUAUAGCAGAACGCUGGAGGCUGAAGCUGACAAAAUUGGACUACAGCUUGCUGCCAAGGCCUGUGUGGACGUCAGAGCCAGUUCAGUGUUUUGGCAGCAGAUGGAAUUUGCAGAAAGCCUCCAUGGUCAUCCCAAGUUGCCAGAAUGGUUGUCUACACACCCUUCUCAUGGCAAUCGAGCUGAGCACUUGGACAGGCUCAUACCUCAGGCUCUCAAAAUUAGAGAGACCUGUAAUUGCCCACCACUUUCGGGACCAGACCCUCGAUUACUAUUCAAACUCAGCAUGAAGAAUUUUCUUGAAGCAGAAAAAGAAGACCUAAAUAUCACUGUUAAACAGAAAAUGGAUGCUCUUCCCAUCCAAAACCAGAAGCAAAUACCAUUAACAUGUAUAGUGGACAAAAGAACUGGCAGCUGAAUUAAAAUUUAUGAGACACAGGAUACAUGAAGAAUGCAGCAGUCCUUAUCAUUUUCAUGUUAUUUUUUUAAAAAUGAUGUUUGAAAGGAAAAAAAAUGGAUACUCAGGGUCAAAUCAUGUAUAUUACAGGUAUUAUCUAAAUUCUUAUACUAGGUAUUUAUUUUUCAUGAAAUAUUGAUAUAUUUAAUAAAUUUAAAAAUAUCUUUAAUCAGGAAAAUGUCACAGAAUAAAUUUGUAUUACACAUUAUUUUUGAAUCUUGACUUUUUUAAUCCGCAAAAGUGAACUAGCAGUUAUAUUUCUUAUUUUCUCUGAUGUUUCAUUUCAUUACCUUGUGGUAACUCAGAUGUUAAGGGAGUUGAAUCAGGCUGAUACCAGUGUGAAGAUAAUUUAACUGAUCAACUCUUUCUAACACAGAAUAUUGAGUCUGUUGUGUAUCCUUGUCAUUGGUGCCAGCACGAGAUCUACUUUUUCACUUCUGAAAAUAAAGCAGACUAAGAAAUCAUCUUGGUGGUUAGCUAUCAAACGCAGGAGUUUGGUUGACCGUUAAAGAUAGCUGACUAUAGAUGGAGGGUUUUCAUGGACAGUGACUGGAACUGCUGGAUGAUAAUUUCGUAAAUAUUAAAGAAAUGGUGAAGAUG